CUCCCUGCCGGCUGGCCGCCUCCCCGCGCUCGCUGGCCCGCGCCCAACGCUCGGUUCGUGGGACGCCCGCGGCCGGAUGCCCUGCGUCCGCACGGUCCUCGGCCUCCUGGCUGCCUGUGGCGCCAUCGCCUUCCUUGGCUACUGCAUCUACUUCGACCGGAGCCGGCGUGGCGACCCCGCGUUCAAGCGCCGCCUGAGAGAAAGAAGAAGAGCCCGGCUGCGAAAGGCUGAGGGACGGGGCGCCCAGUUGUGGGAUCCAGCAAAAAAUGAAAAAUUACAAGAAUUUUUUCUGCAAGAGGUACGAAUGGGAGAACUUUGGUUAUCCAGAGGAGAGCAUCGAAUGGGGGUUGAACAUCUCAGCAAUGCCCUUUUGGUGUGUGGGCAACCACAGGAACUUCUGAAAGUUUUCAAACACACACUUCCUCCCAAGGUAUUUGAGAUGCUAUUGCACAAAAUUCCCCGUAUUUGCCAGCAAUUUGAGGCAGACAUGAAUGAACAGGAAUACUUGGAGGAUGAUCGUGACUGAAAAACACUUCAGCGUAUCCACAGUCCAGUCAGAAUGCUAUGGAAUUAUAUAGUAUAAACAACUGCUUGGUGAUACUUAUAGUAAUAAAAUUUCUUCUGUCUCAUACAUGAUAUUUUGCUUUAAAAUUAACAGUUACAAUUGAAGAAACAAUGGUUUAUUUUUCUAAUCAAGUGACCAAGCUGCUGAAUCUUAAGGCCUCAACAAGUGUUGCAUCUUAUUAUUUUCAUUGAACAAUAAGACCUUCUAUUUUGAUUAUUCCUGUAUAUAACAAUUUUGUUUCUCCAGUUGUUUCCAUUUGCCAGUCAUGACAGAUGGUUUAACAUGGUGGCUACUGCUUUCAGAGGAUUCUAUCAGGUGAAUCCUCAUUUCCAGUGCAAUAGCUGUUGGCAAUCUUUCAUCAAAAGUCCAUCUGUUAGGACUUCUCUAUCGUGGUUGGCCAAGGAGUCCUGCUUUGGCAGCCAGGGCUUCAUUCU